CUAAGUUUGUAUUCAGAAAUCGUCGAGUGUAUUUUUGUUAAUACUAGUUUUUGUGUUAACUUACUAUAAUUUUCUGUUUUUAUUUUGAUUUAAAAUCAGGAAACAGAAAAAAUAGAUGAAGAUAUUUAUAUAAUUAUCCAUCAAUAUGGAUGAUUGGCGUGAUUCUCAAAGAAAUAAGGAAGCAGCAGAUGCAAAUAUUAUAAGAAAUGGUUCUGGUGCUAUCCCGAGGAGACCAGGACAGAGAUUUAUUCCUGAAAAACCAAAUACAAGAACUGAUGCUUUUCGAAAGUGGAGGAAUGAGAAAAGAUUUAAAAACAAUACAACAAGUGAUAAAAAAAGCAUUGAAGGGAAUAACUUAAACAACUUACAAAUACAUUUUUCACAAAAGGAAACAGAUAGAAACAAAUGUGAAAAACGAGAUAAACAAGCUUUUGCGUUAUCCCAUCUACCUUUACAAAAACGCACUGCAAAUGAAUUUUUUAUAGGAUUCAAUUUUCUACAACAAACACUGCAGAAGGAACCUGCAGAUAUAUUAGUGGUGUUACAAGAUAAAAAGAAAGAAUUUGAUAAAUUUUACAAAUCACCUAUGAAACCCGAUAUAAUAGUAUUGGCAGUCAAACUUCUUUCAAAAAUUUGUGACACUGGUUUUACUGAAUUUUUAUCUUUUAUAUGCAAUUCGGAAUUUAUCAAGAAUUUACAACUAUAUGUAAUAAAUUUGGCUGUUCAACAUGAAUCUAAACAAAAUAUGAACAGUUCCUAUUAUCAGGAUAUGAAUUCGUUUUGGUCUUCUUUGAUUAACUUAUUUAAUAAUAUUCUUCUAUUAUUACCAAAUACCGCUUGCAGCAGGCUAUAUGAAAUAGUACACGCCUGCAAUAUUAGUAUCCAAACUCCAAACAAUCAAGCCAAAAUAUAUCCAAAGAUAUUAAAAGAAUUUGAUGAUUUUAUAAAGAAGUUUAAUUACACUUUUGAGGAGCAUCAAAGAAAAAAGGAACAAAUUAAAGAAGAGAACUAUAUUGAUUAUGAAGAACCACCUGAAAAUUUUCGCUCAUUAGGUAUUUAUCCUAAUCCCGCAGACAUACUUUCAAAUGAAAAGCCAUUUCUACGACCUAAUAUUAAAGAAGGUUCCUAUGUUAGUGUAGAACAUUACUUAGAUGUGCAGUUUAGAUUAUUGAGAGAGGAUUUUAUUUCUCCCAUGAGAGAAGGAGUUCAAGAAUUAUUGAAUAAUAAUAAUGAAGGAAAAAGAAAAAAUAAUAAAUCAAGCAUACAUGUUUACAAAAACGUGAAAUUUGUUUCACGAUAUUUAUCUAAAAGUGCUGUGGGCAUUUUAGUAGACUUUAAAGCUGAUAGAUUACAAAGUGCCAAAUCUAUGAAAAAUAAAACAAAUUGGGAACAAUCUAAAAGGUUUUUAUUUGGCUCCUUGUUAUGCUUCACAUCUAAUAAAUUUCAAAGUUUAAUAUUUGGAACAGUAGUUGAGCGUGAUAUAAAGCUCCUUAUGGAUGGUUAUUUAGUAGUUCAAUUAUGUGAAGAGUUUUCUCACCUAGAAGAUCAAUUAUUCAGAUCUCAAGAUAUACAUUGGAUGGUUGAAAGUGAGAUUUACUUUGAGCCCUAUUUUCAUGUACUGAAGGCUUUAAAAAGGCUUGCCGAACACAAUUUUCCAAUGCAAAAAUAUUUGGUAAAUGUUCAGUGUGAGUCUAAUAGACCAAAAUAUCUGCAAGAAGGAAAAAUCUAUACUCAUCAUCAUUUAGAGAUAAACGUAACUGAUUUCAAACAAUGGCCUGAUGCUGAAAAACUUGAAUUAAAUGAUUCACAGUAUAAAGCUGUACAGUUGGCCUUAACUAAUGAAUUUUCAAUAAUACAAGGCCCACCUGGAACGGGAAAAACUUACAUUGCUUUGAAAGUGGCCUCUAUUCUUUUGAGAAAUAUAAGAGACAAGCAAAUGUUAAUAGUUUGCUAUACUAACCAUGCACUAGAUCAGUUUUUAGAAGAUUUAGAAUUAAUAAAAGAAAAUAAGUGUAUUAUAGCUGAUUGGGAUGCCAAAGUUUUCCCAGAAUGUUUGAAUGAGCCUAAAAAAUAUUUCAAUAGAUUUGUUUAUUGGUUGCUAGAUAUAGAUGAAAGGGAAAUUACAAAUUUUGAUAUUAAUAGAAGCCAUCCUAAUUUAGUUGAUGAUAAUAUAAAUUACGAAGAAAUUGAAGGUUUGGGCAAAGAGGAUUAUUUUGAUACAAUGAGAGAGACCAGAAUUUUUGAUGAUGAUUUAUUAAUAGAUAUUUCUGGUGUUUCAAUGAAUUUGGAAGUUUUUGUAAAUGAAAAGUCUUUACUGUCCAAUAUACAAGCGUUACGGAAAAAAAUGGAAACACUUUUUCCGCUUGAUGAUCAUAAUGAAAUGAUUAAAUAUACCGAAAUAAUAAGAGAAUAUAAUGAAAAGUUAUUAAUUUAUAAUAAGUUUACAGAAUGUAUGAGAGAAUUUUCCAAUGGAACUCUUGGUAAUAUGAGUAAUAUACCAAUUAUAGCCAGAAAAGGAUUAAGAUGCAAUAGAGAAGAGAAAUGGUCUCUAUAUAAAUAUUUCAAAAAUAAAAUGAAAACUAAAAUAGAACAUGAAAUUACUCACUUAAGCGCUCAAAUUCAAAACCUGAAAAAGCAACAUGCUGAAAUAUGCCAGAUUGAUGAUAUAGCAAUACUUCAAGAAGCAAAAGUCAUUGGUAUGACAACUACCUGUGCAGCUCGUUUGCAAGCUUCUCUAAAUGUAUUGAAAAUUCCAAUUGUCAUAAUUGAAGAAGCCGCAGAAGUCCCAGAAUCCCACAUUAUUGUUUCCUUAACCCAACACUGCGAGCACUUGAUACUUAUUGGUGAUCAUCUUCAAUUAAAACCAUCAACAGCGGCAUAUAAAUUGUGCAGAUAUUAUAACUUGGACAUAUCUUUAUUUGAAAGAAUGUUGAAUAAUAAAAUGAAUUGUGUUCAACUGAACGUUCAACACAGAAUGAGACCAGAAAUUGCAAGUUUGGUAUGCCCCAAUAUAUAUGAAGAUCUCCAAAACCAUGAAAGUGUUUUAGAGUAUCCUGAAGUUGUAGGAGUUACAAAGAGUUUAUAUUUCAUAAAACAUAAUGUAUUCGAAGAUCAACUAAAUGAUGAUGACAAUGUUACAAAAAAAAAUUCAUUUGAAGCCGCUUUGAUUGUGAGACUAUGCAGAUAUCUUUGCUUGCAAGGAUAUGACCCCACAAAAAUAACAAUUCUUACCACCUAUUUAGGGCAAAUGUUUUUAAUAAAAUCCUUAAUUAGGAGAGAAAAUUUGUUGGAAGACGUUAAAGUAACUGUUGUAGAUAAUUUUCAAGGUGAAGAAAAUGAAAUUAUAUUGCUCUCAUUGGUCCGCAGUAAUAGCGAGGCAAAAAUUGGAUUUUUAAAAACUGAGAAUAGAGUUUGUGUUGCAUUAUCAAGAGCGAAGAUAGGUUUCUACAUUAUUGGCAAUAUGGACAAUCUAGUUGCCAGCAGUAAAAUAUGGCCUAAAAUCAAUGAUUCAUUGGAAAAAAUUAAUUGCGUGGGCCCACAUCUGACUUUGCGAUGCCAAAUACAUAUUGAUGAAUUUACAACAAUUUCUUGUGCAGAAGAUUUCAAUAAAGCACCAGAAGGUGGCUGCAGUAGAAUUUGUCGUUCAUUAAUUCCAUGUGGACAUUAUUGUAAUAGUGUUUGCCAUGUACUUGAUAGAGAGCAUCAGAAAUAUAAAUGUAAAGAACCUUGCACCAGAUUGUGCAAGAGACAGCAUAUGUGCAGAAACUUAUGCUCAGAGGAGUGUAGCUCUUGUCGUGUUCAAGUAUUGAAGAAAUUAAAAUGUGGUCAUGAGGCGAUGAUGGCUUGUGGUCAAAAACGAGACUUAUAUGUUUGCAGAGAAAAUAGUAACUGA